CAGCCAUUUCUCUUUCACAUGCUCACACUCCCCUCUCCGCCCACCCCGGGAGGACCCAUUUCCCAGUCCCGCGAACUUGGCCAGAUCGACCCUUCGACAGCAAUUUCUCCCGCCAGUCAACAUGGAAGAAGCAUCAAAGACCGCCGCCCUUGGGCCCAUUUCAUAGCCGGUGGCGCGGGAGGUAUGACGGCAGCGACGCUGACAUCGCCCCUCGACGUCCUCAAAACUCGCCUCCAAUCCACCUUCUACCAAUCCGAACUGGCAGCCCGUCGCGCAGCAAAGGGGAUUCCCCCGCCGAGUCAAAUGAAUCUUCUACGAGCCGCAUGGUUACAUAUCUCCGAGACCGGUGCUAUUCUGGCAGCCAUACCCAAAGUCGAAGGCGGGAAGGCGUUGUUCAAGGGCCUAGGACCGAAUCUGGUUGGCGUGGUUCCUGCCAGAGCCAUCAAUUUCUGGGCAUAUGGGAAUGGCAAACGCUUCUACGCGAAUCAGUUUUUCCAUGGGCAAGACGUAGCCGGUGCGCAUCUGAUGGCUGCUGCCACGGCGGGGAUCAUAACCGGCACGGCGACGAAUCCGAUCUGGCUGGUCAAGACGAGGUUACAAUUGGACAAGGAACACGCGAAGGGUUCUGGGGGAAGGACGUAUCAGAAUGCGUGGGAUUGUGUGGUCAAAACGGUGCGACACGAAGGGAUCAGAGGCUUGUAUCGAGGGUUGACAGCAUCAUACCUGGGUGUGAGUGAAAGUACACUGCAGUGGAUGUUGUACGAACAGGCGAAGAAAAGUCUAGGGAGGAGACAUGACGACUUGGUGAGGAGUGGGAGGACGCCGAACGCGUGGGACCAGACGGUGGAGUGGACGGGGAAACUGACAGCCGCUGGAGGAGCCAAGUUUGUGGCUGCAUUGAUCACGUAUCCUCACGAGGUGGUGCGGACAAGGCUACGGCAGGCUCCUGUGGAUGCGAGUGGGAGGGUGAAAUACACGGGUCUCUGGAGCUGUUUCACGACGGUGUUCAAAGAGGAGGGCAUGGCGAGCUUGUAUGGUGGACUGGUGCCACACAUGUUCCGAGUGGUGCCCAGUGCUGCCAUCAUGUUUGGUGUAUACGAAGGUGUUUUGUGGAGCUUGGGAGAAAGCUCAAGUGUAUAGUUAUCUGCGGGAGAGACGGAACAGUGGCUGCAAAGCUCGUGUACAACACAGUGUAAUAACAAUAGCUGAGGGAAGGGUUAGGGAUCAUGCGCCCAGCAUAGAGGCGAGUGCCGUCUGGGAACGGUUUAGCGAAGAUGAAGUGUAUAGCAGAAAUCCACUCACGAUG